AUGCUCAGUGACCUUCCAAAGAUCCCUACACUCGACUGGGCGGACUUUGCCGAAGGAGACACUGACCAGCGGCUUAAACUUGCUCAGGGCCUAGUACAAGGCUUCAAGAGAUUCGGAUUCGUCAAGCUAGUCAACCAUGGUCUCUCCGAUGAGUUGAUCCAGCAACUAUUUGCUGAAGUAAGCAGGCAUUCUCUCCUAGUCAAGCGCUUUUAUCGGUUGCCGGAUGAGUUGAAACAGAAAGCUGCUCAUCCCCCCGGGCCUAAUCCUCAGCGAGGAUGGAGUGGAAUAGGUGUGGAGUCAACCUCGAAGCUGUACGGAGAGCAAACCGAAAGACCAUCUGGGAAGCUCAAAGAUGCAAAAGUCGGCACUGAUUUCUCUUCUUCUAAAUCAAGCAGGGAACUAACGCAUAUGAAGGAACAUUACGAUAUCGGACCGCCCACCGACACCCAAUUUCCGACCAGAUGGCCAGAUGAGCAAGACAUCCCCGGAUGGCGUGCUUUCAUGGAAUCAUACUAUGCCAGAGGGCAAAGCUUUUGCCUUGACCUCAUGGAAGCGUUGGAAAUUGGCCUCGAGCUACCGAAAAACACCCUCCGUAGCAUGUGCAUCCCCGAUGGAAGUGAGCUCCGACUACUCCACUAUCCUGAGAUACCGGCUGCAGAGCUACGAACGGGCGAUACCGCUCGGAUUUGGCCACAUACUGACUUCGGGCUCAUUACCUUGCUGUUCCAAGACGGUGUUGGGGGCUUGGAGGUCGAAGACCCUCUUCAACAAGGUCAUUAUAUCGAGGUCGCUAGAGAACAACCCUACGAGAUGAUUGUCAAUGUGAGCGCCACUUUUGAAAGAUGGAUGAAUGGGGUAAUCAAGGCGGCCGUGCACCGGGUGAACAUUACGCCCGAGGGAAAGCACGUUGAGGAUGCAGUUGUACCAGAACGAUGGUCAGCUGCAUACUUCUUCAAAGCACAUAAGAUGGCACAUGCUGGUCCUUUACCGGCGUUUGUUACGCCGGAGAGACCCGCGUUGUAUGACGAUAUCACUGCCCUGGAGUUUCAAAAGCGAAGGACUGAUCUGGUCUACACGGGACAGCAGUUGAAGGUUGAGGAAGCAGCUUAA